AUGGACUCGCCAGACAGACAAAUAUAUGAAGGCGUGAACGGUGGAGGCGGCGGUGAAGACCCUAAGCAACGACAACAACAGCAGGCUGCCGCAGGUGGCGCAAACAAUUCACUGUUUGCCGGUGGCCAACGCUGUUCCAGUUCAUCCCCUACUUCGGCUAACAGUAGCCCCACAACAGCCAGGGUGCCGAGCUCAGGCAGUCUGAACCACUUCGACUUCGGGGACGGCUGCGUCGUUCCGGACCUGUCAGACCUAGGCAGCUUUGAUCUAGGCAACUUCAUAGCUGCCCAGAAUAACGGUUUGUCAGGAGCGUCACUCGCAUCGUCUCUCGGAAGCUCGCAAUCAUCGGAAAGUUCACAGGGAUCGAAUUUAGGAGAAUCGGACAUUCUAUUCACUGAUUUGCUCACUGAACAGCAACAGCGGAACGGUCGCAUCAAUUUGGUUAAUCUCCAGUAUACCGAACGGCUUAGUGGGUCUCCGGACCGAUUCGAUAGCCCUUCUCCAGCCGUACCGAUCAAACGGGAACCACUGGAUCAGAACGACUAUAACAGGGAGGCCGCCUAUGGGCGAAAUCUGCUCGCGGCGGCCUUCCCCGCAUUAUCUGGAACUUCGGCGGGCCAGAUGGGGCUGCCUGGAAACGUUGCCGGAAACAACCAAAUGCACUCGCACACCGUACACCAGGCUCAGGUACCACGGCCGUCGCCUACUGUUCCUGUGAAUAUCUUUUCACACGAUCUGAACCAGCCGCAUCGGGGGCUCCAGAACGGUCAUCUCGGAGCCAUCGCAGGCCACAACGGCCUCCCCGGGCAAGUGCUCGCGCAUAAGGCGCAUAUCAAGCAGCCGAACCUAAUGCAGAAGACUGGAAAGAAGUUCGUUGACAAGACUUCGGAGGAAUAUCGAAGGCGGAGGGAACGUAACAAUAUAGCAGUGCGGAAAAGCAGAGAAAAAGCAAAGCAGAGGACAAGAGACACCGAACGAAAAGUGACAGAGUUGAACCGCGAGAACGAAGGCCUCAGAAAGAAGGUCGAGAUGCUCACCAAGGAACUGACUGUGCUCAAAUCGUUGCUAACAAAUGUCGGAGUCCCCCCCGAGAACGUGGAUUCGGAACUCGCCCGUUCGCUCCACAUGGGCCCACCUGAUCAUUACUGA